GGAGGAAGAGGUGAAGCAGACACACAAGGCUGGUCAAAAUACAGUCCACUGCAGUAGAUAGAUUAGAUUGGGACUGUUAUGCUGCAGAGUAUUUGGUGUGAAGCGUUAGAGUGUUAUUUUGGAGGUAUUUGGAAAAUUAAAGUUACUUCCUGCUAUUAUGAUGCUGCCAUAAAUUAGGAAUACAUACUAGUUUUAACUGUAAGUAUCUGGAAAUAAGCAUAUAUUAUCAUCAUGGGCCAGCUGUUUUCAUCUGAAGAAGAGCUUUCUGAAGUGAAGGGUGCGAUUGGUUACCUCCUCUACAAUGCCAUGCUGGAAGAUGGUGCAGUGCCUAACCUUGGAGUCGUCCACCCUCGCUUCCUCGUCAGUCACGAUGAGAACACUGACUCCAGGACCGGACUCCAACAACAACUGCAACAGCUGCAGGCCGACAUUGGAAAUAAGGCACCCACCUACCUGAGGGAUCUGAUCGGCCGCUUGUCAACGUUCUCAGAUGAACCACGUCUGGCUGGCCUGCUUGGAUCAGUGGUGACUAUGGUGAUCGACAUGGCUUACACAUCAUCAAAAUCAUCAUCAGGGGGGAAAGGGAAGUCAGCAGGAUCAUCAUCAGGCCAGCAGAGAGUCUGGGAGCUCCAGGAGUUGAUGGAGGAGUAUCUGAAACGUGUUAAGAUCAACCUGAGUGAUAAAGGUAAAUUGAUCCAGGACUCCUUCAGACUUGAGGGCCAGCUCAGCCUCACCCUCACCCAGCUGAAGACCUGCCUACUGGGGGGAGACUGUAACUCCAGGUCUUUGAGGCACUGGGCCAGCGGGGCAGCAUUUCACGCCCAAAUGUUGGUUCACUUGGCUGGUCUUGAGGGCAAGGCCGAACCUCUGGCGGCAAGGGCUGCACUGGAGCAAUACAAGGACGACCUUACACAGAUAAUACCUGCUUACAGGCGUUAUAAGUCUAACACAGUGUGUGUUGUGAAACGUCGAGGGGGUCCUCCAGCAUCAUGUGACCCCUCCAGUGAUGUACCAGAGGGGUCCAUGACAGGGCUCACUGUGACAGACAGAGAGACAGGAAAGAGCGUGAACAUCCCCCUAUCUGCCAUGGAGGAAGAGACAGGGAGAAAAAAGAGCACCUCUGGGCCUGAUAUCACCUCUGCAGCUGGGUCCUCCUCCAUUAACCUGGACCUGAUCACAUCAGAUCAGUACACCCAGGCAUACCUGGACCAUCUGUUCUCUGAAAAGGGACCUGUGGCAGAGCUGGAGAACUACUUUACCAGAGCUAGUGACAAUCUGAGAACACUCAGAACUGAAUCAGGAUGUACAAAGAAGACCAGGGUAAAAAAUGUAAUGGAACAAAAUGAUGGAGCACAUCUUAAAGACCAGGCAGAAGGUAUAAAUGAAGAACAAAUCACAGAAAGGGGAAAAGAUGAAAAUCAGAGCCAGGCAGAAAGAGGAGGACAGGAAGAGACCGAAGAACGUAAUCAAAGAGAUGAGAGACUAAAGCUGAGUAUUGUAGAGACACAGCCGGAGGAAAGCCUCAAUCAGAGUCUUCACAGUACAACAAGUACUUUAAAAAAAUGAAUGAAAAGCUGUAUUAUACAGUGUUGGUCCUUUUUAUUGAAGAGAAAGAUUAAGCUAAACUCGGAAAUAUGAAGGAUUUUUGCAAUACUUGAAACAGAUUGAUACAUUGAGGUUCAUUAAUAUGCUCAUGGUGAAAUUAACCUGAAAGCUACACUUAUUGGCCUCUGUGAUUAGCCUAAUCCGUUUAAUAUAUUCUUUACAAGUCAUGAGUGCAGUAUUUGGUUGCACACUAAGAUAAAUACUGGACCACCUUAAAUCUGCAGCACCGUACUGGGAGCAGGAAAUCUCUGUUUAAUCUAUUUCACCAACAGAGUAAUAGCCUAGCAUAAAACCAGUGUUAGUAUGCUAGCACAUUACUGUUUUGUGAUAUAUAUGGACACAGAAACUUUUGAACCCAUUAUAAAGAUGUAAUAUUUAAUUUAAUUUAUUAUUAAUUUAAUUUUGGGACCUCAAAGCAAGUCUUUGUAACAUUUGAAGAAGGGUUGCUACAGCCAUACCUGGUCUGGUACGAUCAUUUCAUGGUAGCUUAUGUUAGCCAAUAUUAGUAGAAUUAAGCUAAUCAUUGCUGCAUCACUCAUGCUCUUUGCAGAUUUUGACUCUUCCCUACUUGAACUCUUGUUGGUUUACAUGAUAUUUUAGCAUCAAUUGUUAUCACCAUAUCGCUACUUUCAUUCAUAAGAAAUGUCACAUAGGAUCACUUUAAGUCCACAUUUGGGCAAGACUGACAGCACAUUUGACUAUGCAAAUUACAGGUUCUAUAACAGGGUGGCCACAAAUGCUGCUAAAAUAUAUUUGAAUUGGUAGUGAUUACAAUGUAAUAUAGAUAUUUAUACAGUUUUGAUCCUCCUGAAGUAUCAUUGUAAUUGCACACUUCACCCUCUAAUAAACAAAAAGUG